GCAACUAUAGAGAGAUAGUUAGUUUGUACGGGCAAUAUCCGAAGCUGAUAACUUACAUCAAUGAAACGUGGUUGAUUUAUAAGGAGAGAUUUGUUAAGUGUUGGACCAACAACAUCGUUCAUUUCGGUAACACGACGACUAACAGGUAUAUAAAUUGAUUUUACUAUAAACUCGUUACGUACAAUCUUUUAUACACAUGUUACAUUUAUUCAUUAUUUGAGUGUUUUCUCGAAACAGAGUAGAGAGUGCACAUCGUGCAUCGAAGCGUUGGAUCCAAACAUCGACUGGAGCUAUGGAUACAGUUCAAAAUGCACUAGAUGCGCAAGUUGACCUUCAAAUUAAUGAAUUGAAGGUGGAAAAUGAAAGCAGUAGAACAGUCAGGAUGUACAGUACUUCACUGUCGUGCUUCGGUGCUUUGGUAUGUAACGUAUCACACAAAGCACUGGACCUGUUGGAUAAAGAGUACGAAAAAUUGGAAAAUAAUCCGGAUAGUUGCAACUGUUACCUAAGCCGAACCCACGAACUCCCGUGUGCGUGUAUGAUUGCAGUUAAAAUUGCUGAGGGAGAUACUUUUUAUCCGCAACAGUUACAUCCAUUCUGGAGAACGUUGGUUGUCGAGCCAAAGUCGGAUCCAUGGGAGGACGAGGAGGAACCGUUUGAUCGCACAGUUGCAAUUAAGAAAGUUCUUCUCGAUGAGUUCGAGAAGUUAUCAAACAAAGAUUACAUGUCCCAAAAAAAUGCGGCCGACUAUUUACGGGUCCAACAAACCUAAGCAUAUUUUAAACUAAUUAGAAAAAUCCGUAACUCUACUAUAGACA